AAUUCAUAACACCAUCACUUCGGAAAGAAGCCUUCGAACAGUUCCGUGCAGUAACUGCUGUUGGAGACCAUGGGGAAGGACACCAAAGAGGCACGAGAGCCUUGCUGCUCUAGACUCAAGAUGUUCCUGGUCUCCUUGUCCUUCGUGUACUUUGCCAAGGCCUUCCAGGGCAGCUACAUGAAGAGCUCUGUCAUCCAAAUAGAAAGACGCUUUGACGUCCCCAGCUCCUUGAUUGGAGUCAUUGAUGGAAGUUUUGAAAUUGGAAAUCUACUGAUCAUUGCCUUUGUCAGCUACUUUGGUGCUAAGCUCCAUCGCCCAAAGCUGAUUGCUGUUGGAUGUCUGGUUAUGGCCAGCGGCUCUUUUCUUACUGCUCUACCUCACUUUUUCCAAGAAAGGUACCAGUAUGAAACAACGAUUUCUCAGUCUUCAAGCUUCAAUUCAUCUCAGAGCGUAUUUCCAUGUGUGGCUAAUCAGUCCAAGGCACAAGACUGGACUUCGGAAAGCAAAGCAGCAUGUGAGAAUGAGGCCAGCUCCUACAUGUGGAUCUACGUGUUUCUUGGAAACAUGAUACGUGGGAUUGGAGAGACCCCUGUCAUGCCCCUUGGAAUUUCCUACCUGGAUGACUUUGCCCGCGAGGAAAACACUGCCUUUUACAUUGCAUGCAUCCAGACGGUGGGAAUCAUGGGCCCUGUGUUCGGCUUUCUCUUGGGAUCCUUCUGCGCCAAGCUUUAUGUGGACAUUGGUGCCGUGGAUUUAGAGACCGUGUCCAUUGACCACAAAGACUCACGCUGGGUGGGUGCCUGGUGGCUGGGCUUUCUGGUGACCGGAGUUGUCAUGCUCCUGGCUGGAAUCCCUUUCUGGUUCUUACCCAGGUCCCUCCCCAAGCAGGGUGAGGAUGGAAAAGGGAAAAAGGACAAAGGCAAUGACUCUACCGGGGCCGAGCAGGACCGCUUCAUUGUGGAGAAGAGUGAGGCGCACCUUGAGAAACCGCGCCCUGUCGUGUUUUCGGAAAUGGCAAAAGGCUUCCUGCCUUCUCUCAAGAGACUAUUCAGCAACACCGUUUUCCUGCUUAUUAUACUUGUGUCCUUGGUUCAAGUUAACGGCUUUGUUGGCAUGACCACCUUUAAACCUAAAUACAUGGAGCAGGUUUAUGGACAAUCGCCCUCAAAGGCCAUUUUUUUCAUCGGCAUUAUGACUCUACCUGCAGUGGCCCUGGGGAUUAUCACAGGGGGGUUUGUGAUGAAGAGGUUCAAGCUGGGUGUCCUUGGGGCAGCAAGGCUCUCCAUCAGCGUCUCCAUCUUAUUUUUCCUCUGCUUAAUCAUCCAGUAUUUCCUCCAGUGCGAGAAUGCACAAGUGGCAGGGUUAACAGUCUCCUACCAGGGGGUAAAGCAAUUCUCCUACCAGCAGGAGAGCCUGCUGUCCCAGUGCAACCUGGGCUGCUCCUGCUCUCUGAAACACUGGGACCCUGUGUGUGCCUACAAUGGCAUCACCUACGCUUCCCCCUGCCUGGCCGGCUGUCAGAGCUCCACCGGGUCUGGAAAAGAAAUGGUGUUCCACAACUGUACCUGUGUGAAUGCAGAGUGGCCGCUGCCAGUGGUCAACUCUUCUGCUGCCCUGGGCCAGUGCUCCCGCCACGCAGACUGCAACCAUAUCUUUAAGUAUUAUAUGGCUAUGAACGUUCUGUCUAGCUUCAUGAUAGCCUGCGGGGCCACGCCUGGUUUCAUUGUCCUCCUCAGGUCCAUUCAGCCAGAUCUGAAGUCUUUAGCACUUGGCAUGCAGAUUCUAAUUAUUAGAACAUUAGGUGGAAUUCCGGGCCCCAUAUAUUUUGGGGCUCUGAUUGACAGGACGUGUCUGAAGUGGGGCUCCAAGAAAUGUGGAGGUCGUGGGGCUUGCCGGCUUUAUGACUCUGAUGCGUUCAGGGUAACCUUCCUGGGCCUGCUCUAUGGGCUGUAUUCCCUCUCCUACCUGCUGUGGGGCUUCCUCUACUCCAGGCUGUCACGCAGGCAGAAGGAACUGGCUCUGCAAAACCAAGUGAAGGCCAGUGAGUUGGAGUUCAUUGGAGUCCACAAGCACAACAAGGAGAUGGACUUGCCCCUGCAGAGCAAGGAAGAGCAAGAGAGGGACAACAGUGUCUGAUACUGAACUCUUUCUCGAUCACUCUUUUACACUCAGUAACCUCCCUUUCAUUUUAAGCAGCACCUCCCUCUUACUUCCAGUAGAUAGCUGCUCAAUCUCAGUAUAGCUUCAGUUUGAGGAUGUCAGUUUAGCCACACGAGUACAGCUUUCUUCAGAAUUUUUUAUGCUCUUGUUUCUUUUCAACAGUGAAAUAUUAUCUGUGAGAUUUGUGGUCAGCAUAUUUAUGACUCCUUUCUACACUGAUUAUAUCUGUUAUUACUCUUAGUCCCCUGUAUGUAUAUUCUUUACCUUCGUGGGACAGACCCCAUAAUGUGGAGACCUGGGUUGUUAAGACCUUAACAGACCCACCUUACGGUUACUUACUGUUACUACUGGUUGCUUCAUUUGAAAAGAGGCCCAAAACUGCAUUUUGUUGUCUUCCGAAACACGAUUUUCUAACAUCCAAGCUGCUUUCCAGUAUUACUAUCAUCCCCCUUAAUGUCCUUUCUGAAAACCUUGUGAUACAAUAUCAAUACAAGCCAGUUACAACAAUGUAAACUUUUAGUUUUUUUAUCUUAGACAUUUUUUUUGUUUACUCUGCUGGAGAAUCGCAUUAUUUUAAAAUAAUAUUCA